AACAGCAGGAGGGGGACGAAGGUAAACUGGCCUCAGUCAUAGAGCUGCUGCUCCGCUUUGUACUGCAAGUCCUUGUUAAACAAUAGAAAGAACGUUUUAACUCGACGGAACAUGAAUAAAGAAACACGGUGAUACAGCGGAGACAAACUGGGACUGACAUAAUUUAUUACAGUUUCAUCACUGUUUUGACCGGCUACUGAAAGUGGUUUUCUCCCACAAAUAAAAGUUGGAUAACAGUUUUGUCCACAAAAUGUGGAGCGGCCAAUAGUUUGUUGUUGUUAGCUAAGUCAGACUAAGUCAGAGCUCGCUGUAAGGUUUGUCACCACAGUGUUACGACGGAAAGAGCUGGAGGAGACACAGUGCUACGGGCAGGUUAAGGUAAAUGGAACCGCAGUUGUUGUGCUGUGAGGGGGACAGGCCUGCCAGGGCCUACCGGGACUCCAACCUGUUGACUGACCGGGUCUUGCGUGCGCUCUUGCGGGCAGAAGACAAGUAUCUCCCCGCUUCGAACUACUUCAAAUGCGUCCAGAGAGAAAUAGCUCCGUACAUGAGGAGGAUAGUGGCGACCUGGGUGCUGGAGGUGUGUGAGGAACAGAAGUGUGAGGAGGAGGUUUUCCCUCUGGCUAUGAACUACAUGGACCGCUUCCUGUCUGUGGAACCCACCAAGAAGAACCACCUGCAGUUACUGGGAGCUGCCUGUAUGUUCCUGGCCUCCAAACUGAAGGAAACAAUCCCGCUCACUGCUGAGAAACUCUGCAUCUACACAGACAACUCCAUCACACCUACUCAACUGCUGCAAAUGGAGCUGCUGGUUUUGAACAAGCUGAAGUGGGACCUGGCCUCAGUGACCCCUCUGGACUUCAUCGACCACUUCCUGUUUGAGCUGCCAGUCAGGACGGACAGCAGGCUCAUACUCAGGAAGCACGCUCAGACCUUUGUGGCUCUGUGUGCCACAGAUGUUAAAUUCAUAGCCAGCCCUCCGUCCAUGGUGGCAGCCGGCAGCAUGGUGGCAGCAGUGGAGGGCUUACAGAUGAAAAUGGUGGGCAAUGCCAUGAUGUCACAGAAGCUGACAGAGAAGCUGGCACAGACCAUCAGGAGUGACCCGGACUGUCUCAGGGCGUGUCAGGAACAAAUCGAGUCGCUGCUGGAAACCAGUCUCAGACAUGCACAACAGCAACACUCAGUUACCAUGGAAACUAAGAACAUCGGUGAGGGGCAGGACCUCUCAACUACGCCCACAGAUGUCCGCGACAUAAACAUCUGACUGAGAAGAGAAGAGAAGCAGGUUGAACUGAUGAAGUGGGUGGUCAACACAAAAACACACAUGGCUGUGUUUUACAUGGUGCAGAGUGUGUGUGUAACGGGACUUGUGUUUGAAGACCAGCUAGGACCAGACAGAGAUGCUAAUACUGUCGCAUCCAGGAUAGCAAUAGCCUGAAGACUGGAAGUAGCUCACACUGAAGGACUGGUUGAAAAAGUAACAUGUGUUCAGUGCAGCUUUUUACCUUGGGGUAACACUUUCUUUCCACUAGGCCCUGGUCAUAUAAGCAAGGUGCAACCAGUUCAUCAAGGACCAGAAGGCUUGUCUGAACCUCUGCCGCACCCAGAUUGAAAGACAGGAACUGGUGGGUGCGUUUUGAUGCUACAGACCCACAUUUCUCCAGUGUUAAAUAAUUAGACAUAAGAAUGCUCCAAAGAGCCGACUCAGGAGUAAACAAGUUCUUUACUAAAGGUGAAUGAUAUGAGAUGUCCUACUCAGAGCGAAGCGUCGGAGCUGGAAAUAGUUGCUUAAAACGACCUUAUUCUGAAUUACGUUUUGCCUUGUAUUACGUAUUAUUUAUCAUGAGCUGUACUGAGCUGUACAGUCAUUUUAAAACAUCUCUCAGAAGUGUGUGCUCAAGUAAGUAAUAAAAAAAAUAACUUUUAGUCAUAAAUUUGAAGAUUAGGAGUAAAAGUGAAGAAAUGUAAAAUUGUUUCAUUUUAAGCAGUUUGAUUAAUAUGGUCUCUGGUCAGUAGGAUACAGCGUUUUUCCUCUGAAUAGUACUGGCUCAAGUCGACGUGACUCUACUGCUUUUCUGGUCUUCCAUCCGGGAAAAGUUGUGGGUAGAACCUGGUCCUUUUUUCGUGUGUGUGUGUGUGUGUGUGUGUGUGUAAGCGUGUUUGAGACCUCGGCUGGUUCAGAGUGAGCUGAGGUGAAACAAUACACUGUUGGUCAGAGAAUUGUCACUACUGCGUAAUCGCUGUGCGAGAUGGAUGUUCUGAACAAACCCUCCAUCUGUAAUCAGUCACUGUAGCCUGAUCACCAGACAUUUGUCUUCCAGAGCCUAAAGCUCCUUUUUAUAUAGUUUACAAUGUGUUGAAAAAUGGCGUUCACAUAAAAUCUUGUGUAAUUCUGUGUAAAGAUGAGGUUCCUGAAUUGGGGUGAUAAACUAUAGUGUGUGUAAACAUCAUAAGAUCCAACAGGACAGACUGAAUGGUGUUAUGUUGUGAUGUAGUACACAGCUGACACCACUAGAGGGAAGUGCAGUAGUCAUUUCAUUCUCAGUCUCUAGAUUGUCAUGGAGAUGAGACAUCACAUUUCUUUACAGUAACAUGGAUGAGAGUUAAAAUUAUUUUAAUGUUAGACUGUAAAAGAAACUUGAUUUCUCUCCACCUGAAGCAGAAGUAGAGAAAGACAUAUUGUGGGUGGAGCUGUCUCUGGUUAUUGUCCUGUGUCACUGAAUAAUGUUAUUAAAAGCUUCUGUAACUUGAUGUAUAACGAGUCGCUUCAGUCCAACAGGACAAAAAGAGGCUCGACCCUGUUCUCCAGGUACUAAUGAUGAAAUCAGACAGCAGGUGUACGACUUUAUUUUACUUCUGAUAUUUAUUGUUUCAUUUCGGUCGACUUGUGCAGGAACUUUACAACUUAAAGUUGUACAAAAGAGUUGAUGUGGCUUCAGCUGCUCUGUUAACAUUACUGGUUCUUCUUGAACAGAGAAGCCACAACUAAACUGUUGUAUCUAUGAACUUUUUUUAUGGUUUAUUUUUUUUAAGGGUAUUUCCCACAACAUAAGCUUGUAUCAGGUGAAGCCCUAUGUUGGUGCUUUUUGUCUGAUGACAGAUUGUAAAGAUGAAUUAAAGGACAACUGA